UGUUGAAUCAUUAGAAACUCAAGUUCAAGCUUAUUUGUCCCUAUUACCAUCAGGUGCAACUAGUACACCUCGCCGGUUUCUUAGAUUUUGCCCCACCCAAGAGGGAUAUGUGAAUAUGCAUCCUCAUACUAGUCUUUAUACUCUUUAUAGUAAUAAUCCUGAUCAAACUAUUAUUUAUGUACUUGUAGAAAAAUUACCAGGAUCAGAAACAAAAAUUAUUUAG